AUGCCACUAUUGGUUGUUUGUGGAGGGCCAUCAUCGGGCAAGAGCACAGUGAUCGAUCGAAUUUGCGGGCAUUUUCGCUCCCAGGGCAUCGAACAUAUCGAAAUUGUGGCCGAUUGUACCAGCAGUGGUGCUUUUUCACGCGAAAUCUACAGCGAUUCGCAUAAGGUGCGUGUCCAGCGAGUUUCUAAGUCCGAGGUACGGCGUCUCAUUUCAAAGGAUCGCUUGGUUAUUUGUGAUUCACUGAAUUAUAUCAAAGGUUUCAGAUAUGAAUUAUUUUGCAUAGCAAAAGAGGCACAAACCACAUAUGCUGUUUUGUAUUGUGAUGCAAAUGAGGACACUUGCCAAUGGCUUAAUAUGCAGAAGGAUGAAACCGAAAGGUGGAUUUUUUUUUCCCCUUAA